AUGAAAACUAGAUUUAACGAAAUUGUUGAUGAUCAUGAAGAAAUACAAAUAACUCACAAGCUUUUCCGACCAUCAACGUCAAAAUCGACGGUGCAGCACAAUAGUCACACAACGUUGUCGCAAAUUAAUAAAAGACGUUUGGAAUUUGGAGUUGAUAUAGAAACAUUCAGAGUGAACGAUCGAAGACAAGAUCAUAGUGACAGUGAGGCCUCAAUGGACGAAGAAGCGGCGAAACGGCGACGACGACUCCUUACAGAAGAGAGAAGAGAAGAAACAGAUUCAUACUAUAGAAAUUAUAACACACACCGAACUAACAUCCUACGUCACUCCGACGAGGAUGAUGAUUCACUCGUUCAAAAAACUCAAAACGCUCUAAAAACAUUGAGUUGCUGGGCACGAGACCACGCCGCUAUCCCGAACGAUCAAAGCGAAGACGCUAACGACUUCGAUAACAUUUUUAACGAUAAACGUUCCGACAAAAUGUUGCCAUCCUCACCAUCUUUAUCUUCUGACAGUGCUGACAACUCACGGCGAAGCUUCUCUAUGCAUUGCCAGAAUGACGAAAUAAACGCUGCCAUGAACGAAAGGAUGGAUCCCAGGGAAAAUACUGAACGGCCACCGAAAAUGGAAAAUGACAACAGUAUGGACAAUUACAAGAUGGACAAAAGUCCUAAUCCCUAUGACGCUUCUAACUUCGAUGAAUUAGCGGAUUCCUCUUCAAACGAACUAGAAAUAGACAUGUCAGACAGAAACGAAGACAAAUACGAAGAGGACAGAGAAGCGAAACGUAGGAAAGCUGAAAUAAUAUCAGUUAACAAGCAAUCUCUUUACAACGCUUACAAAGCUGCCACAGCGUCUUUACCAUAUUCGACCCAAUCCGCGUUCAAACCACCAGCUGAAGUGAAACACAAGAUCCACGGCUCCACUUUUCCCAGUGAGCCAUUCGGUGGCUAUUCUAAUGAUCACGAGAAGAGUUCGAUUCAUAAGGGUUCGAAGCAGUACACGGUGCUGCAGCCGGCCGCUGCUGGUUCAAGGGCUGCUACAGCGUUGCAGGAGGCUCGCACCGUACCAUCAGCUCAACCGGCGCGAGACUUGCGACCCAUCAACCCUCUCUCCCCACCAGCCGUCCGAGAAGGCAACAAGUGUCCGACUCCUGGUUGCAAUGGGCAGGGCCACGUUACAGGCCUCUAUACGCAUCAUCGAAGUCUGUCAGGAUGCCCAAGAAAGGACAAAGUCACACCUGAGAUAUUGGCGUUGCACGAGACAAUCUUAAAGUGUCCGACGCCGGGGUGUAACGGAAGAGGUCACGUCAGUUCUAAUAGAAGCACUCACCGGUCUCUCUCUGGCUGUCCGACGGCCGCUGCACGCAAAGCAGCAGCACGAUCCCAACGAGGCAGACCACCGGUUCAAUUACCCGCACCGGUUCCCGUGACUCAAGUGUCAGCCGGCACGUCAGAUAGUCACACGUCGGACGGUUCCCGCGAUCGGGUCCCAGCGGCAUCGCCGCAGACUCCGGCCGUGAAGCGCGAAGCCCCCGAGCUGCUGGUUCCGAAGCGUGAGGCCGCCGAGCCCGAGCGCGACUCCCCCGGCAUGGAGACGCGCCACGCCGGCUACGGCGCGCCGCCCGAUCAACGCUCACCGUACGAACGACCGCCUGACGACCACGUGCGGUCAUACAGUCAAAUGAACGAAGCUCGGUACGGAUACGAAGCUAGGUGCUAUGAGGGCGCCCCAGCCUUUGAGAGAUAUGACCCAGCCCAGUGCCCUCAGAGGCCUUACGGUUGGGAAGAAGAACGGUAUCAUGACCCUCAUUUGCCAACGCCAAUGAAAACCGACCAAUCAGAACAGGAAACAAAUUCUGGACCUAUAUAUCCUAGACCAAUGUACCAUUACGAAGCUGGCAGUGUGGGCGCCGUGGGCGGGGUGGGCGCUAUGGGCCCAGGCGUUCCCCCCGGCUUCUCCGCUAUCAAUCUCUCAGUGAAGAUAGCCGCAGCUCAGGCUCAACGUCCUCGAAGUCCCACAGCCAGGGAUCCUCGUGAUCCCCGUCCGGCUAUAGAUCUAUCCACAUCUAGUGGCAGUCCACAGGGUCCAUAUGCGUCACCGGUAUACACGAGCGCCGGUGGUGGCAGUGGGGGCGGUGCGCGGGGAAGCCCGCAGCCGGGCGCUUCGCCCCAACUUACGGCAAGUCCCCAAGUUCCCAGUCCACAAGGCCAGACCCUCGACCUUAGUGUGUCCCGUUUACCACAUAGUAGAAGUUUUCCGGGUGGUGUUUCAUACAGUCGAGAAUCAACGCCAGAUAGCGGCGGAAGCCAUCCAUAUCUUGAAGCAUACCAUCGCGACACAGCCGGUUACGGCGGCGUAAGCCCUCACCCGGUAGCCGGAUACGGUUUAGCGCAGCCGGAUUAUGCGGCUGCCGCUGCUGCUGCCGGAUACGGUGGCUAUCAGUACCAGUGCGGGGCGUACCCACCCCCUCCCGCGUACCCCCCACACGCGCCGCCGUAUUCACCACCGUGCUAUAUGCCGCCGCCGCACGCACCGCACGACAAACCCAAGGAUAGCUAUCACCGCGACGACUUUUACGGUAAACAUGGUUACCGUAUACGGGAGUCGAAAGAACUGAUCCACUGUCCCGUCCGGAGCUGCGAUGGUUCCGGACACGUGUCUGGCAACUUUGCUACUCACCGCAGUCUGUCCGGAUGUCCACGUGCUGAUCGCUCUCAACUGCAGCCACAUUCUCAAGAGCUGAAGUGUCCUACUCCUGGAUGUGACGGUUCUGGCCACGUUACUGGGAACUACUCCUCUCAUCGAUCACUAUCAGGUUGCCCCAGGGCUAAUAAACCGAAGAGCAAGCCCAGGGAUGGACAAGAUUCUGAACCACUCAGAUGCCCUAUACCGGGCUGUGACGGAUCUGGGCAUGCCACAGGAAAAUUCUUAUCACACAGAAGCGCGUCGGGCUGCCCUAUCGCAAAUCGGAACAAAAUGCGGGUUCUAGAAAGCGGCGGCACAGUGGAGCAGCACAGCGGCAGCGGCAAAGCGGCGCUAUAA